UUCUUUGAAGGCUUCUUCACAGAACAUUCUCUUGAUUUUCCUUCGAUUUUCACCAUUUUUUUUUUCUCUCUGAAAGGAAACCAAGAAAACUGCAAAGCAUUUUCAGACUUAGCCACAGAGAUCGGGAGUUGAAGCCAGAAAUCGGGCCAAGAUGGGUCAAGCGUUUCGGAAACUCUUCGACACGUUUUUCGGCAACAGUGAGAUGCGGGUUGUCAUGCUUGGCUUGGAUGCAGCUGGCAAGACAACUAUAUUGUACAAGCUGCACAUUGGGGAAGUUUUAUCGACGGUUCCUACAAUUGGUUUCAAUGUGGAGAAAGUCCAGUAUAAAAAUGUUGUGUUCACUGUUUGGGAUGUUGGAGGACAAGAGAAACUGAGGCCAUUGUGGAGGCACUACUUUAAUAAUACAGAUGGACUGAUUUAUGUGGUAGACUCCAUGGACCGAGAGAGAAUUGGAAAGGCAAAAACAGAAUUUCAGGCCAUCAUUAACGAUCCAUUUAUGCUGAAUAGUGUCAUAUUGGUCUUUGCAAAUAAGCAGGAUAUGAAAGGAGCCAUGACGCCGAUGGAAGUAUGUCAGGGACUAGGUCUAUUUGAUCUCAAACAGAGAAGAUGGCACAUACAAGGAACGUGUGCAAUCAGAGGAGAUGGACUUUACGAAGGUUUAGACUGGUUAGCUGGAACUCUCAAGGAGAUGAGAGCUGCUGGAUAUUCUUCAGUAGGGACAUCAUUUUAAAGAGAUAUAAAAGGUUUCAUUCAAUUAUCCCUCAAUCUUUCUUUUUGCCAUUUCCAGCCUUUCAAAAAUCCAUUAAACCUUUUUAGAGUUGUUUGUAUUUUGUAAGUUCAGGUUGGCUGGUUGAAAGCUGACUCCUACACUUCGCAGAUUUCAAAUUGUAAUCAGAAUUGUUUCCAUUAUCAAACUUGAAAUUAUCAGGUGCCUACCCCUUGGCCUUGACCUUUGAA